AUGCGACCUCUUCCUCGCGUCCGUGUGGCGCUCGGCCGAUCCCCAGCAUGGACGUGCCCUGAAUGCUGCCAGUCAAAUUUGCGGGCUUCGAAGCAGCAGUUCAGCAGCCGUGCAAGACCUGUCAAGGUCUUGAGACCUAAGAGGGGGAAAGUACUCUACGCUGCAGCUGGGUCAGGAACGCUGUUGGGUGGGGGGCUCUUCUUUCAGGACGAAAUCAAUCAUGCCUGGAAGGCCACCGAGCGAAGUUCACGAGUGGCGAGUGCGCUGGCUGUCAACAUCAACGAUUACCGGGUGACAUUAAAGGAGCAGCAUGAUGAUCCCGAGGUCGAGGCGUCGAUGCUGAAGGCUUGCCAUAAAAGGUGUGCGCAAAGAACGUUGGAGGUCCUGGAGAAGAACGGAUCUAUAUUCAUCAAACUCGGCCAGCAUCUGUCGUCUAUGGGUUACCUGCUACCAGAGGAAUGGGUCACGACCUUUAUUCCCUUACAAGAUAAGUGCCCGGUAUCUUCUUACGAGUCCAUCGAGGAGAUGUUUAUUAAGGACACCGGCGAGUCAAUCGAACACAAUUUUAGCCAGUUCUCCAAGGAACCUAUAGGCGCCGCGAGUUUGGCGCAGGUGCAUAUUGCCGUGCUGCGCGAGUCGGGAGAGAAAGUGGCUGUCAAGGUGCAGCAUCCGAGUCUGGAGGAGUGGGUGCCACUCGACCUCGCUCUGACUAAAUUUACAUUUCAGACUUUGAAGAGAGCCUUUCCGGAUUACGACUUGUCGUGGCUAUCUCAAGAAAUGGAGUACUCACUACCGAUCGAACUGGAUUUUGCACAGGAGGGAAAGAAUGCGGUGGAGGCGAAGGAGUUCUUCAAGAAGCACACGUCUUUUCCACUCAUCAUUCCGAAUGUGAUCUGGGCCAAGAAACGAAUACUUGUCAUGGACUGUGUGGCGGGAGCAAGAAUAGACGACAGAGAAUACUUCGACAAGCACUCGAUAUCACGGACGGAAGUCAGCGCGACACUAGCGAGGAUCUUCAACACGAUGAUAUUUCAGUCCGGCGCGCCACUGCAUUGCGACCCCCAUGGAGGCAAUAUUGCCAUUCGCCACAAUCCCAAGCGGCGGCACCCGUAUAAUUUUGACCUGAUCCUUUACGACCAUGGGCUGUACCGGCAUCCCGAGGACAAGAUGCGAAGAGACUACGCAAAGCUCUGGCUAGCGGUGAUCGACGCGGACGAGAAGAAAAUGAGGCAGUACGCGUGGGAACUGGCCGGCAUCAGCGACGACAUGUUCCCUCUCUUUGCAUCUGCUAUCACGGGCAGAGAUUAUCGUGUGUUGACGCGAGGUGAUGUGGCAAGCACCGUCCGCGAUCAAUCCGAGAAGGACAACAUCGACCAAGUCUUUGGAGAAGAUCUGCUCCGACAGCUGGUGCAAUUGCUUGGAAACGUACCACGCAUCAUCUUGUUAAUCCUCAAAACAAACGACUUGACCAGAAGUCUCGACGAGAGCCUGGGAAGUCCGGAGCCUAUGCGGCCGAUGCUCAUUCUCGCCAAGUACGCCAGUUGGACCGUGUGGGAAGAGCAGAAGGAGAAUCUGAAGAAGGCUGGUGGGCUGUUAUGGCCGCCAAACAACGCGUUGAGGCUCUUUAUUGCGUGGUGCGGCUUCAUGAGGGUUGAAUUGAAGCUCUUUGCAUUCGAGCGUUAUCUGUCAUUGAGAAGGCAUCUCCACCUUGACUACUGA